CGGACGCUGCUUUUUCCUGGAUGAAGCAGGAUCCCACUCAGCCUGUUUUCAUCUUUACUUAGCACCUGCUGGCUUGGAGCGGUGUCGCCCAAGCAAUCAGACGGAGACAUGCGCCAGGAGCUUGACCUCCUGUGUCUGCUGCCCCUCCCCCACGCCCCAUGACAGCCUCUCCUGAUAUGGAUGGACAGGGGCCGGUUUAAAAUGACAGUCUCAAGUUCGUGUAGGAAGGGAAGGCUAAUUCAAAGAAACGGCCAGGCAAGCUUCCUGCCUCUGUAGGAAUAAUUUUCAUCCCCCUUCACCAUGGCCCACCUGGGAGCCCAUUUUGCCUUUCGAUCCCGCUGGCAGAAGACCGACGACGACCUCUGUCGACAUAGCAUGUCCUUCAUCCUUCACAGAGCCAUUCGCAAUGACUUCUUUCAGAGCUAUCUCUACCUGCUGGAAAAAAUUCCCCUGGUGAAAUUGUAUGCUUUAACAAGUCAAAUCAUCAAUGGGGAGAUGCAGUUCUAUGCCAGAGCUAAACUUUUCUAUCAAGAAGUACCAGCUACAGAAGAGGGUAUGAUGGGAAAUUUCAUUGAACUGUCCAUCCCAGAUAUCCAGGCUUCUCGGGACUUUCUUCGGAAGUUUGUUGGGGGCCCCGGGAGAGCUGGGACAGACUGUGCCUUGGAUUGUGGCUCUGGAAUAGGAAGGGUCAGCAAGCAUGUCUUGUUGCCGGUUUUCAAAAGCGUGGAACUGGUGGACAUGAUGGAAUCGUUCCUCGUCGAAGCCCAGAACUACCUGCAGGUCAACGGGGACAAGGUAGAAAGCUACCACUGCUACAACCUGCAGGAAUUUGCACCCCCACUGGGGAGAUAUGAUGUCAUCUGGAUUCAGUGGGUCUCUGGGUACCUGACCGACAAAGACCUUCUUGUAUUUCUUUCCCAGUGCCGAGCUGGCCUGAAGGAAAACGGUGUCAUCAUACUGAAGGACAACGUGGCUCGGGAGGGCUGUAUCUUCGAUCUCUCGGACAGCAGUGUGACUCGGGACAUGGACAUCCUCCGGAGCCUCAUUAGGAAGAGCGGGCUGGUGGUGCUGGGCCAGAAGAAGCAGGAUGGCUUUCCAGAACAGUGCAUCCCGGUGUGGAUGUUCGCACUGCACAGUGAUGGACAGUCCUGACCAGCAGGUGGGAAUGGGGCUGGACUGCACAGGAGUGCUUUGGGACAGAAGUACGCUCCUCAUAA